UCCUCAGUCGCUCCGCUCCCACACUCCCAGACGGAGUUAACGGAUCCUACGGUUGUUAUUAUGGACCGGGCUGUCCUCUAGACUCGUUUUUUCCCCAACUGUUUCCACUCAGAAAUGGACAAACGAUGUGUGAAAAUGUCUCCGCUUCUUUUUCUUCUGCUCAACAUUCACGUCAGUUUGGAUUUUGUCUUCAAGAAAACUGAUUUUUUUGAAGUUUGAAGCUACCGGCGCUCUCUUCUAAAGUGUGUGGGAAUGUAACGUUAGUUCAUCUCAUUAUCAAGCUAACAUUUUAAAUAACUUCCACAACUUUUGUCUAAUGGAUACAUAUACACAGCUGGAGUAUUUACACACCUUUUUGUGAUUUUUGAUUUUUUUUUGGGGGGAGUUGGAAGUGGACUAUUCUCAUCCUGACAAGUUUUCAUCACCUAAGCUAGCUAGCGGCGGAUAAUGCUAUAUUCAGAUAAUCUAAACUGUAAUAGUAGUUUUGUUUCGUUUACGUGAAUUGGAAACAAUAAUGAUUUCGGAGGAGAGAAGCAGCCACGUAAAUAAACAAGCCCUAAACUUCCCUGUGGGUUUACUGAUCCGCUCUCCAAAGAAGCGCCUGGCCAAACUGGGGAGGAAACCCAGCAAUGGAUCUGUCCAGUCCAACAACUCGGACAGCACCGUCCGCUCCACAGAGAGCGUGGGUGUCCGGCAGCCAGCCAAGAGCAAAAUCCGCCGCCACAAUAACAGGCUUUCAACUGUUUUCAGCCACAGCCCCAACCUGCGGGACGGUGGACGCCGCGGCCAGGCGCUGGGCAGCGGUGACCUCCAGGCUGCAGACGACCCGGCAGAGCUGUCCAGUCAAAUGUCUGUCCCCGGCAUCCUGAAGAUCUUCGGCAGCGACAUCUGUCAGGGGACCAACUAUAAGAGCGUGCUGGCCACCACACAGUCCAGUGCAAAGGAACUGGUGAAGGAGGCCUUGGAGAGGUACUGCCUAGAAAAAGAAGACGCCAACGACUACGUGCUCUGUGAUGUGAUUGGCAAGACAGGCGCAGAUAACCAGUGGAAGAGGGAGUGUUUCCGGGUGGUGGGAGACAACGAGAAGCCCCUCAUGCUGCAGUCACUUUGGAAACCCAAGGAAGGCUUCUCCAGGCGUUUUGAAAUUCAGCUGAGAGCGAGCGUUGAAGAGCAGAGUUUAAAAGACAGAGACACAGUCACAGCAGGCAUCAAUGCUCAGGCUCGUAAGCUGCAGAAGAGCCGCUCCAGAGUGACCUCGCUGUUUGUGGACGGCAGCGGGGAGGACGUGGACGGACUCGGGAUCUGGAGAAGUUUGAGUGAGAUGGAUCUGUCUGCGAUGGGGAAGGAGGCCAGCCGGGUCCGGCAGAGCGCGCUCAGAGAGGAUCCAGAGGCCGAGGCUGACAAGGAGGUCCUGCGGCUCGGCAUGGAGAAGGAGGAGACAGAGAGCAGCGACGACAACACCACCCAGUACUCCAUUCACCCGCCCUUUGAGUUCCCGUACUUCCUCCUGCUGCAGGGCUACAGCCACAGACAGGAUUUUGUCAUCUACCUGAUGAGUGGGACCACCACCAUCUUUGGCCGUUGCAGGGAGCACUGCAACGGAGAAGAUGAGGAGAGAUUAAAGAUCGACAUCCUUCUCUUUGCACCUGACGUGUUGCCCCAACACUGCUGUGUCAGACGCCUGGACUCUAACAUCCCAACAUCCACAGGGGAGCACAAAAAGUCAUUGACACUGCUGAAGCCCCUCCACGGUGCUCCUGUGACCAGAAAUGGUUUCCUCCUUAAAGAGGAGGUGGAACUGAACCCAGGGGAUUUGGUGGGCUUGGGCAAACACUACCUGUUCUUGUUUAAGGAUCCUACCAGCACAUCAGGAUCCCUCCAGACUCCUCCUUGGAUGACCAGACUCUGCCCGAACUCUGACACAAAGACGUCAUCCUCUUGUUUAUCAUGUGGCUCCUCUAUCGCCAUCAAAAGGUUUCAGAGGAAGCCUUUACCGCCUCGUUGGAGGGACCUGGAAGGCACAGAGGCCUUGGUAAAGUAUGAGCUGGAGCAGGAGGACAGGGUCCUGCAGGAGAUUUUGGAUAUGUUGGACCCCAGUGGAAAUGAACCAAAGCUGACGCCUGCUUUCCUGCUGAGCCUGUGCAUCCAGCACUCAGCCUCCACGUUCCAGCUGACACACUUCAGACAACUGCUGCUCCGGAUAGCCAGCCAGAUCCAGCUCAUUAUGUGGGAGAAGACAAAGGAACUUGCAGCAAUCCAGCCAGAAACGAGCUCCGGUGACGGGCAUCCCGAGCAUCUUCAGCUGCUCAGCAUGGAGGAGCUGAUCCCAGGUCUGCAGCCUCUGGUGCUGUGGAUGGCCAACUCCAUCGAACUGCUGCACUUCAUCCAGCAUGAAGUCCCUCAGCUGCUGCCCUGGAGGCAGGACCAGGAGGACGAAGGUCUGUUGGACUCUGAGAUGUCCUCCACUCGAACAGCCUGUGAGGAAGCCAUGACAGUCCUGGAGGAAGUCAUCAUGUUCACCUUCCAGCAGUCUGUCUACUAUCUAACAAAGAGUAUGUAUUCAGCCUUGCCCGGUCUGCUGGAUGGGAACCCGUUCUCAGAGAACGGUCAGCUGCGAGUGCCUGACGGGCUCAGCGGCAUCCUGGAGGUGCUGAAGGAGGCACUGAAGCUUCUCACAGCCUUCCAGGUCCAUCCAGACAUCUCAUUACAACUCUGUGCCUACCUGUUCUUCUUCAUCAACGCAUCGCUGUUCAACACCCUCAUGGAGAGAGGAUCUGUAGCUGGGUUCUACCAGUGGUCCCGAGGUGUUCAGAUCCGGGCCAACUUGGACCUGCUGAUGGACUGGAUCCAGAGCAUCGGCCUGGGGGAUCUGGCCACAGAGUUCUUCCAGAAGCUUUCUGCUGCUGUGAAUCUGCUGGCCACACCCAAAGAAACCCUCCUGCAGGCGUCCUGGGCUUCUCUCAGGACUGAGUUUGCGGCCCUGAACCCAGCUCAGCUUCACCACAUGCUGAGGGAGUACAGCUCUGGUAAAGCCUGUCCCACCGGAUGGACCCCAUCAGCAGAUGAUGCAGAGGACACUGUCAGGACGGCCAACAUCCUGGAGAGCUUUGACAACCACCCGCCGCUCAUCCUGCCCAGCAGCACGUUUCACCUGGAGCUGGGUAAACCCAUCGUGGAGCCUGCUCUGUUUGAACAGCUCAGUCAUCUGCAGGAGUUCAUACGCCGGUGCCCCCGCAGUGAAACCCAAGCCGAACCCGAUGUGGAGGAACAGACGACCACAGACAUCCGGUCUACAACCUCACCCUCCGUCAGAGUCUUCCAGGAUCCUGUCCAUCAGGUGGUCUCCGACCCGGUGACCUGCACCUCCCCUGAGGCAGACCUGGACUGUACCUCCCCUGCGGAGCCGGCUCAUGCCCGAGAAUCUCAUGGUGACCUGAGCGGCUGUGAGGCGGUUCUGACCCAGAAGCUUAAGAGCCUGGAGCUGCAGAACACCCUCCCAGGACAGGCCGACCUGGGCUACCACAAAAGCCUGGCACUGGACCCGUCCUGCCUGCUGACGCCACCCAACACCCCGCAGGGUAUGGAGCUGGCUGAGCUGGAGGCAGAUCUGCAGGAGGGCGCCCGCCAACAAAAGAAAGCUAGUGGAUAUGCUGAGUGGAAGACAGAGAAUAUGGAAGAAGAAGAAGAAGAAGACAAAGAGGAAGUGUUCACGGUGGAGCUUCACAGAGGACCUCAUGGUCUCGGACUGGCGCUCGUAGACGGAACGAAAACACAGCUGAGAAUGAGCGGCAUUUACGUGAAGUCAGUGGUUCCCGACUCUCCUGCCGCUCAGUGUCAGAAACUGAGAACGGGCGACCGCGUCCUGGCCGUUAACGGCAUCAGCCUGGUUGGUAUGGAAUACAACAUUGGUAGAGAACUGAUUCGAUCAUCAGGAGACUCUCUCAGACUGCUGGUGGCCAAGAUCGACUCAAAGACGAGAAACAAGGGCUCGGCUACGACUAAAUGCUGAAGGACGAGCUGUGGUGGACGAUCAAGUGCAAUUGGGAAUACUGGAGGACGUUUGGUUCAUCCUUCCUGCGGCAUCCAAAGUCAGUAUUUCUCACCGGACGGAUUCCCCCCAACCAAAGGAAAACACUCUUCCUGCUUCUCAUUUCAGACUUAUUCCGAAAUAGAUCUGUUUUCUGUGCAAAAAGCAUCGAGACAAUCAACCCAAGCAGCAGGACUGACUCAUUGUGCUCACCAGCGCAGACUGUGGGCAUUUGCUGGGUUAGUUUUUAAAAGCUCAUUUUGCUGUCCCAGCUUCUUCCUGGCCUAUAAACAACCUGCUCAUAUACUCAUAAACCAUGAGGGUUUGGCAGUCAAGGAAAAUAGCUGAAACAUCUAUUUGAAUGUCUGAGUACGCAGUAUUCUCUCUGAAGAACACCACCGAGCUGCUCCAGGACCGAGGCCUGAUUCAUGUCUGGCAUUAACUGGAAUUAUUUUUAAAUUCAUUUUUAAAUUAUGGUUUUUAUGGCUAUUUUAAAAACUGUGAAACCGCAAAUUUUACACUGCGACAAAACCUCCAUCUUACCCAUUCAUUUGUUAGGGAGUCAUAAAACCAUAUUUCUUUGCACAAGUAAAAUCUGUCAUUGGGAAUCAAUAUUUGUUAAUAUUCUGUCUUUUUAAACACAUUUCUAGAAACUUCCCAAAACAAGGAAAACCAUACUGGGAUCAAGCAGAAUUAUAUAAACUUACUGGGAGAUUUUGUUCUUGAUUCUGGAUGUAAGACAAGAUGAUUUUCUUUGCAUUUUAGCAGUUGGUCAUUUUCAUUGUGGCCUUUAGCGCAUCGCACAGAUCGUAACAUUUCCACUUUUAUAUCGCAUGAAAGACGAUCGGUCUGUUACAACAGCGGGUCAAGUGACGGGUGACAAUAAAUGUUCAGGUUAAACAACAGGAAUGUUUGAACAGUUGGGUGAAAAUCUUUAAGCUUUAACAAACUGAAGGGUUACAUGCUCCUCUUUUAAGCAGCUAUAGUCGAUAUUUUUAUCAUAACAAUGGAUCGAAUGACUCGAAGUGAUGAACCUACAGAGAAUUAUCAGCUGAAUCUGCAGCUCCCGUCGGCUUUAAAGGAGCUUUAUAGUGACUUUCAGCUCAUUGUUUAUCUGUCCGGCUGCAACUUUACUGUUUUGGUUCACUCUCGCCGCUCUCAUAGCGUCGUUUUGGGCAAAAAAACUCCACAGUACACUACCUGCUCAGCAGCAAACAGACACACUUAGUGAACAUAGUGGAGCAUUUAGCAGCUAAAGAGCCAGAUGUUUCCCUCAGGAGUUGCUGGAGACCAAAAACAGAGCUAACAGAGAGAGAGUAUUAGACUUACAUUCAUCAGGUGACACAAACACGACUCCUAAUGAAUGAAUAUGUUGCUCUGUAACUGCUGGAAGUGUAAAUAAGCAGCUGUUUGCUAACAAGUUCAACAGAUCAACUUAGAAGGUGAUGAUGUGUCAGUGUUGUGCUCACACGCUUGUUUCUGCUGGCCAAAAAAAUCGGUUCAAACUCCUCAACUUCAAAAACCCUCAUAAAAUAAUAAAGCCAAAGAUAUGCUGUCAUACAGCUAAAAGAACUCUGUUGUUAAUUGGAAAAUGAGAUGGUGUCAUAAUGUUCAACUUCCUCUGCUUCAGUUUAUCAGCUGUACAUAAUGCAUUCACAUCUGCACACACACACACACGUACGAGUUAUAUUGAAUUAAAGGAAUAGUUUGAUAUUUUGGGAAAUAAUGAGAGAGUUAGAUAAGAAGAUUGAUAUCACUCUCAUGUCUAGUAAGAAUAAGGCUGUAGCCGGUUAGCUUAGCUUAGCAUAAAGAAUGGAAACAGCUAGCCUGGCUCUGUCAAAAAGUAAUAAAAUCCACCUAUCAACACCUCUAAAGCUCAUUAUUAACACGUUAUAUCUCGUCUGUUUCCAGCCUUUGUGCUAAGCUAACCGGCUACUGGUUGUAGUUUCAUAUUCAACAGACAGACAUGAGCGUGAUAUCAAUCCUCUCAUCUAACUGUUGGCAAGAAAGCGAAUAAGCGUUUUUCCUAAAAUGUCCAACUUCUGCUUUAAAGCCUUACUGUCAGUGGUUUGGGCCCAAACCAUGAAACAUCUUAGAGUUACUGAUCUGAGAGCAGAUAUGUUUUGAUAUGUUUAACACUGUAGAACGACACACUGCUGCAGCCCCCGUCUUAAGUCUGUCCCUAAUGUAAACAGUGUUCAAGUAUAUUGACACACAAAGUAUUCAGUUUUGUAAUAUUUAUAUUGCGCAGUAUUUUUGAAACUAUGGAAUAAAUAUUAUUUUGACUUUGAAAA